GCGGGAGAGACCGUUGUGGGCCCUGACGCUGACUUCUGGAAACCGGCCCCGGAGCAGUUUCCAAACUUCGGCAUCCAACGUGAAUUUCGGUGUUGGAACAUCCGCUAUGACGUUUGGACUGUAUGAUUCUCUGUCGGUACCUUGUUGAUUGCCUGAAGUACCUUACUACGAGUUCUACAUUGUGGUAAUACUAUGUAUAGGCGACAUUUGCUCCUCCUUGAAAGUCCCCUUCACCGUCUGAUAUAUUGAUUGUAUUCCCUGUCCUGCGGCGUCCAGCUCCUUCGGCCACCUCCGGAAUAACAUCGUGGCCAUGUCUUUCAGUCCUGUGUUCUGGUUCUAUACCAUCCUACAAUGGAUCCUCGAUAAAAUCUUCUCGCCCAGACCACCUCCCCCGGGAGCACGAUUGCGCCGGCCAAAGAUUGCUGUCAUCGGUGCCGGCCUCACGGGUGUGUCUGCAGCUGCCCACUGCGUUGGACACGGCUUCGAUGUGACGAUCUUUGAAGCGGCGGACGAAAAACAUCUCGGUGGAAUAUGGAGCCACGUAAACACCACCUCAGGCCUGCAAAUCCACAGUGUCAUGUAUCGGUUCCAUCCCUCAAUCAAAUGGGACGAGGGUUAUCCCAAGCAGAACCAAAUUGUUGGUCAGAUCCGACAGCUAUGGCACCGUUAUCAUCUGGAAGAAAAAACAAAGUUCAAUACCAGGGUCGAGAAGAUAUACAAGGACAAGCUGGGCCGGUGGAUCCUCAACGAUGUCUCCAAUGGCAGAUUUGACGGCAUCAUCCCCGCCAUUGGGACCUGCGGUGACCCUAAGAUGCCUCAUCUUCCGGGCCAGGAAAAGUUCAAGGGCGAGAUCUAUCAUUCCUCCGAACUGGACAAGAAAGAUGCUGAAGGCAAAAGGGUCCUCAUCGUGGGCGGAGGUGCGAGCGCGGUCGAGGCUCUUGAGUGGGCGGUGAACACGGGAGCGGCCGACAUCAAGGUGCUGGCAAGAUCCGACAAAUGGAUCAUCCCACGAAAUGCAUUUGUGGAUGCUCUUCUUGCCUUCAACAUUUUCGGUCAAGAAACAUUUCUGUCAUGGAUCCCCGAGAAUCUCCUACGCCUCUUUUUCUACCGCGAUCUUAGAGAUAUUGCUCCUGCCGACCAAGGCCUGUUCACCGAGACCCCCAUGGUGAACAGUGAGAUAUUCCACUGGAUACGGGCCGGCAAAGCAGCAUGGUUGCGUGGAGACAUUGAGGAGGUCCAAGAGAAUGGCAUUUUCUUUAACCACCGAGCGAAGCGUGUCCCCAAGGGCGGUCCUGGACAUCAAAAGUUGGUUGAAGGGGACAUCAUCAUCAUGGCGACUGGCUACAAGCGUCCCAGUCUCGCAUUUCUACCCGAUGAAUGUUUUGAUGAUGGCUACGUUCCCCCUCGGUGGUUUAUCCAAUGUUUUCCUCCGGCAACUCCAUCGAUAUGCGCUAUUAACUCGACAUAUGUCUCGGCAAUUGGCACGGUUGGAAACUACCACAUCGGCAUUUAUACCCGCAUGCUGUUGAUGUUUUUAGUCGAUCCUCUCACCACGCCUCGAACCUGGUGGAUGAAGCGCUGGAUUGAUUUCACAAGUGCAAUCAAGGCACUGGCCCCAACCAAAGCAUUCGACUUCUUUACUUACUCAGAACUACUCUACUGGUUUUUCUUCAUCACAUUGAUCAACCCUUUUAGGUGGAAGUGGGCACUUUUCGUCUUCUUCGGAAUCGGAAAGGAUCUGCCGGCAAAAGUCGUGGAGCAAGAAGACAGGCUGCGAAAUGGGCUGGGUUACAAGAAGAGCAUCUAUACUGAGGAAAAGGAAAAGUGAUUGGGCAGUAUAUGUGGUCUUUUUAGGAUAUUAAUGGCUAUAGCUCUCCUGCGUAGCUGUACGACUUGAAUGUGGUUGUAGAGUGGCUGUGGACUCUUUUGUUUCACAUGCCAAACUUGCAACGAACUACCUACCAGCUGAGGUACCUAGGUAGAAAACAAUGACGUCAAUCCAAUACCCACAAGGCUGGGACUUCAAACA